CUGGAGAUCUGUAUAAACCCCAAGUAAGACAUUUUCAAGGUGCUUUUCUGACGUCUGUCACAUCGGUAGACUAAGUAAAUCUUGGGGUGCUGUCUAAUUUCGUUUCAAAAUUGGCAAGUUAGACAUCCAUAUCGGCUCCGAACGCUGUACUGUCCAGGAGUUAGCAGAUUGCCUGAUUCUUCAAGUCUAAGUAACCGAGAAUUAUAUUAAAUAUCUUAACUGCUAUGCUAGUUAGGCCGAUAUCUUGGCAGUUAGACACAAUGUCUCAUUCCACAUUUUACGGCUACACCUUUUCAUUCCCCAGAAAGCUAAGUUUGAAUAAUGGACGAACUAAUCAACACUGAGUAGUUCGAUUGAUCACCUUUGUCCCAAUGUUAAGAGCUUGGGUGAUGGAUAUAAAUUGAUAAGAUCAGGCAGUACUGCCUGAUCUCAGUACGUACUAAGACCCUCAUCCAUAUUUUCUACAGAGGUAGGAGUCUAAACACUACACAGUCACAUCACUGAGACGGUGUGGCACCAGCGUUUGUCACAGAAUGUCCGGUAGGUUGAAACUUGGAAAGGCUCUGGUUCCAAACGUGUCUCAUUAUGAAUAGUGUCUGUUUCUUUCUCGAUAUUGUUUUCGUAAUACUCGGUUUUCUGCUUAGUAUAUAAGGUCGCUUUCAAUAAGAAGAAGUGUACAAAACAUUUGGCAAUGAUAAUUUAUCAGGUUUAACAUUUAAAAGUGUCACUAUGCUCGGGAUAGUUAUGUAUAUAAUACUUACUACACUUCUUUCAUUGUGGCUUGCAUUAGUUCUGAAUAUUGUGGACAAAAUCUUCUGUUCAGCCUAGUUUAAUUAAAGUUCCUAGGUAACAUAUUGGACUAAUAUAUACUUUCCCAGGUCUUUCAUUUCUCAUAUCUGUAUAAAAUCUUGCCUUCACAAAAUGUCUAAAUAAGUAGUGUAACUUCUCUACUAAGUUCAUGUUUACCCAUUCACUUCUGGGUUACAUUAUGAAGAGUGGUUAUACUGCUCAAGUCAUAAUCCUACCUGACUCACUCAUUACACAUAAUCAUUUACCCCUAUUUUCCUACUAACCAGAUUCAGUUCACGUAGGCAGUUUAGUUGCAAACCUGUGAGAGAUAGUCAUUGGUUUUGAAGUUGCAAGUAAUCACUUAAUUUUCAUAAAUGUUGUUUGCUGAGACGAGGCUGAAAUAGUUGUUCAGAGUAACCAUGACACAUUGUCGGUGGGAUCUCGUUUGAUAUGGCUUUUGUACUUAAAGAUUAUAAACUCUUCACCAGAAACAUGAAGCAACUAAUUCACUGAAUUGAAUGGGUAAAUAUGGAUAUUUAUCUGCUAGAUAGCUUAGUUCAUAUUUCAUAUGUUGUGUAUCGAUAUUCCACUCUUAAAAUGAACUUUGCUACUUUAGAUUUUUAAACGUCUCAUUUUCGUUUACAGAACUAAUAAUUCAGGUGUCUUUUCCUUCUAUGUUGUUAUUGAGUAUUUAUAGAAUAUUGUAUUAAAACAUUAUACACUUGACAAGUAUAUGUGUGAUCAGAUUGUUCGAAAUGUAUUGCGCUAAAAUAUCACAUAGUUCUGAUAAUCUUCGUCUUAUUACAUUAUUGAAAUUUAUCUAAGGGACUAAUUGCUUUAUACACUUGUACUUACAAUCAAAAACAUGAAACAAAACUUUUGAAUGACUACAUAUUUAAUUACGUUUUAACCCUAAUAUGAUCUUUGUCAAUGACUUUUCCUAGAUGAAGCGACAAAAAGAUGUACAGUUGGAAUCGAAGCCAAAGAUACAAAAGCGUACUGAUUUUUUAAAUGACCUGGAUGGACUCCUUGUCAGCUCUAAAAAUUUCAAUAAACUUUUUGUACAGAAAACAAAUCAGGAAUGGAUCAAAACUCAAGUUGAGAAGCUUGUACAAAGUCACAUUCAUUUAUUUAGAUUUAUUGAAGUUUUAACAAACCUUGUUGUAUCUGGAAAUCAUCAUCCACAUGUUGUUCAACAAGUGCUUGUUUGGUUAGAUUAUUGUCUACAACACCAUUCAACUUCUAUGCAAACACCAGAAAUUCAGAAGGUCUUAAAGAAUUUGUGUUCAUAUUACUACGAAAUGUGUGGGAUGGGGAAUAUGUUUUUAAGAGCUGCUAACCGUGGUAGUGCCAUGGAAAAUUGGUCAAAUGUUCAAAAGCUUAUUAGUCACUUCCCUCGUAGAUUUUAUUAUCCGGUUCUACCUAAAACAAAGUUUGUAUACAUUGAUGAUGAAAGCAAUCCUACCGGAAAAUCUAAUGUUCCAUUAAAUCUAUAUAGUUCCGAAAACAAUGAAGAAAAUCUUGAUAUCCUGAAUGAUGAAUAUUUGGAUGUGGAUACAAUGUCAUCUUUGAUGAAAGAUGACUCAGAGUAUGAACAGGAAUCGUUGUAUCAAUCGGUUGAAGAAUCUGAUGCCGGUGUAUUUGAUGUCAAUGAACCUCUGUCACCUGAUACAGAACAGUUUCUUAAUAGUAUAAAUGAUGACUGGGGAGAUGAAAUAAUUUCUUCUGAAGCUGAAAGUGAUUCGGACAAAUUUAUUUAUCCCGAAAUAAAAGAUUCUGAGGACGAUUUGUCUGUAUCAACCGAAAUAUCUUCAACGUCUGUCAAUACAAGUCUGUUUCCGGAUGUUACUGAACAAUUGGGAACCGUUGGGAAUGAUUGUGAUGUUAAUAAUGGUGAGAAAAAUGAGAAAGUUGUUAAACCAAAAGCAAGCAAAUCUAACUGCUCAACCUUAAGUCAAUCUCCAAACAAUCGUCAAAAAAACCGUCGAUCAAGUUCAAGAAUAACUACAUCUCAAAAACAUUGA